UUACUCGUCGAUACUCGUGUACGCUCGCAGUUGUCAUCCCCAGAGCGCCCCGAGCUGUUCGUGUGGCACGAGCUUUCGCUCCGGGGACUGUUUUUGCUCCCCAUCGUAAAAAAAUUACAAAAUACCAAUAUUUGAAACGAAAAAAAAAUAAUAAUAAUAAAAACUAGUGCGCGCAAGUAAAGAAGAGGAGUGUGUUGCAUCGGCCUGAAAAGUACAUCAGGGAUAUCGGCAAAAGGGCAGUGCAAUACGCAUAUACACACACAUAUAUAUACAUUUUUUACAAUUAUACGGCGACUGGCCACGGCCGCCACGUGGGCACGCCGUGGGUGAUGGAGGGCCUAAAGAUGAUGCCGCUCAACGUCCUCGAGUGCGCCCUCUGUUUACCCCAAUACUAUUACGGGGCGCUUCUCGGUCUUGGUUUCGUUGCAUACUAUCUCAUAGACGUCGUCAAAAUUCCACUGCUGGUGUGCGCCGAAGGUCCCUUCUACGAUUUCCUGACCGACAAUUUACCGAUUUUGAGGAAUCGCUUCUGGCCAACGCUGUGGUGCUUCGAGGCUCGCGCCCAGACCAUAUUCGCGAGUGUCGUACGCGCGAAAAUGAUGCCGCGCAUGAAGUACCGCAGAGAAAUGCUGACGCUAUCGGACGGUGGGGAAGUGGCCCUCGAUUGGGCGGAAGAAAAUUCGAAUCCAUCCUCGCCUGUGAUCAUCAUCCUGCCCGGAUUGACCGGAGCCAGCCAAGCCGAGUACAUCAAGUGCCUGAUUUACGCUGCCAAAAGUUUGGGCUUCAAGUGCGUGGUGUUCAACUACAGGGGCAUGGGUGGCAUUAAAAUUAAGACGCCAAAACUUUACUGCGCAUCGGCCUGCGAGGACUUGGCCGAGGUGAUCGACCACAUCUCCGAGCUUCACCCGCAAGUCCCGAUCGGCGCGACCGGAAUAUCAAUGGGCGGCCUACUGCUGGGGAACUACCUCGCCCAGUACGGCACCAAGGCGAUCGGCAAGCUAAGAGCCGCCCUGAUAAUUUCGGUGCCGCUCAACUUGUUCGAGGCCACCAAGAGCAUCGAGAAGCCGUACUUGAACCUCAUACUCAACAAGCACCUCUGCUUCAAUCUCCAGAGGAUACUCAGGCGCCACGUGCCCAAGGAGGGCUUUCCCAAUUUGGAUUUGAAUGAAAUUUACAAGUGCCAGACCGUCCGGGAGUUCGACCAACACUUCACCGCCCGGCACUUUGGCUUCAAGGACGCCGACGACUACUACGCGAGCGCCACCCUCCACGACAAGUUGCACCUCAUCGAGAUACCCGUUCUGUGCCUCAGCGCUGCCGACGACCCUUUUCAGCCGCUUCACGUGACGCCUUUGAAAGAGAUCAGGAAUUCGAGGAACGUGGCCAUAAUCGUCACACCCCGAGGAGGACACAUUGGGUUUUUAGAGGGAGUGUGGCCCCUCGGAGAGGAGCAGUACAUCGGCAAGAUGCUGUCGCAAUUUUUCACCGCAGUUUUCACCCUAGGCAAGGAACACCCGGCCUUCAGUUGAUGCCUCGGCAUUGGCUCCACUUGACCGUCUUAUCGAGUUCAUUUUAUGCAUACAUAUAUACAUACCUACGUACUUAUAUAUUAAUAUUAUUACAUGUAAUUGAUGAGACACACACUAUGUUGCGUUUUACGGUGGCACAAGGAUUUUUUUUUUCCAUCCCUUUCUCUCGUGACGUUAAUUUAAGAGUUUUAUCAUCGGUUAUGGUGUUUACGCGGAACGAGACUGAUACUUUUCUUUUCUCUUUUUUGGUGUUGUAUGUACAACAAUUGCUGUUUUUCAUGGUUCGACGAUCUUUGUUUUUGUUGCAAUGUCACACACAACACUAUAUAUUAUACGUAUAAUGUACACACGUAAUGUAUCGUAUCGUCGACUAUAAAUACGUAUUUAGACAAUUAAAAAAAGUGCCUAAGAGUCAAAUAAUUUGUAUGAUAUAAGUAUAUUAUGAUAUAUAAAUAGUGAUAAAUUAAGUACCAUGCGUUCAUUAGUUUGUAAAUGUUACUUUUUCUAUAGGAAUCCCAUGUGAAUGAUUAUCGAAUAAAAGCUGAUUGAAAAAGAAAA